AUGAAAGCAACCAGAAAAAGCACCCCAAAGUCCCGCACGGGAUGUAUUACAUGCAAAGUUCCAGGCAGUAGAUUGGAUCGCCAGCUGCUCCAUUUCUACUGCGUCGAGGCCGCUUUGAGUCUUUCGAGCUUCUCCGAUGCGGACUUCUGGAGUCGACUCGUGUUGCAAAGAUGUCACCAUCAACCUGUGAUUCGCAACGCACUCGUCACACUGAGUGCUAUAUACCGGGACUAUAAGUUCAAAGAUGAUGCCAGGCCAGAGUCUGACCGUCCAGCGCUGCAGCAUCUGCAACUAAUCGCCAGAUCCCACAAACAGCUAAGGAUGCAUCUCUGCUCGCCGGACGCAUCAAUUGAAGUUGCUUUGAUCUGCAGCGUGGUGUUUUACACCUUUGAGGCUCUUCUAGGCAAUGCGGUACAGGCGAUUCGACACCUCGAUCAAGGGCUGAUUCUGCUGAAACGGAGUCAGGCCACCGCGCCCGUGCAGAAUGCCACAGAUGCCAUUCUUCCACGUUUAACAGUCUUAUUCGCCAGCCUGGACAUUCAGGCAAGCACAUACAAUCCAAACCGGCGGCCCAUGUUGUCUCUGAUCUCGCCAUCAGAACAGUCUGGGCUUGUCCCGCUCAUACUAGACAGUUCCAGUUCCACCCUGGCGGAUGCACAAAUGGCACUCACCAAGUUGCAAAAUUGGAUGUUGCACCAUCUUGCGUCUUCCUACCCAUAUAAGAAGAAAGGCCCGCAGCUUCUACCAGCAGACAUUCUUCUAGAGCGACAUCACUUAUAUGACCAAUUGACGAGAUAUAUAAAGACUGUGAGCGCGUAUUCGACCCCCCUUUCUGGCCCGAGCACGGCAAAUUGCCUGCUCCUUCGACUACAAGCUCGCAUGUUCCGCACUAUCGUGGCCGAGGAUGUUCCGUCCCUGCAGUUUACAGACAGUGACUCACUGCGGAAAUGCUUACAAGAUAUAUCGGCCGUUUUGGAAAGUAUGUUGGGUUAUUCCUCCACACAGGGCACCACUGCCCAGAGAUCAUUCACAUUGAGUACCCAGCUUGUCGCAGCGCUUUACUAUAUCUGUAUGAAAAGCAAUCAUCCCAGUAUAGUAGACAUGGCACUCUCACUACUGCGACACAAGAGGCUGCCACACCGCGAUGGGGUCUGGGACGCACGGACGGUGGAAGCGGUGGUGCAUGGCAUCCGACGUUCCAGUAAGCUGCCUGAAUGGCGAAUUGGCGGACAGGAAGCUACAGACUAUCGACUAGAGUAUGCCAAUGAGGACCUUAUCAACGCAGUUGGAGAAGGGGGCUUGUAUGAGAUAUGGGAAAUACUGCGACGUCAUGAGCAGUAUAUCAUGUGUGGCGACUCUCCUAGCUUAGUAUCUGGUCUUAUCUAA